AUAAAAUAAAGAAUUUCCCAUCUAAUUUCUAAAAUAUAUCUAGUAGCUAAAUUGAUAAUGUUGGGAUACCAGGAGUACCACAAGGGCAGCUGACGGUAGACAAGUAUCAACGUUUAAGGGAGUCAUGAGAAAGCUGAAGAUUUUAUGGCCUUUUCUCUGGCCAAACCGUCGAACGUUGCAACUACGUGUUGUUGUUUGUUUUCUUCUUCUCGCGGGAGGUCGUGCAGUUAAUUUGUUUAUUCCUUUGGUGUAUCGUGAUAUAGUCAAUUACCUAACCCCCGGCAAAGAUGGCCUUGAAGGAAAAACAAAUCCAUUGCAUUUGAUUAUUCUUUAUGUUGUCCUGCGGUUUCUGCAAGGGGGAGGAACAGGUGCACUGGGAAUGCUGAGUAAUAUGCGGUCGUUUCUAUGGAUCAAAAUACAACAAUACACUAGUCGUGCCGUUCAAGUGCGACUGUUUGCUCAUCUACACAGUUUGUCGUUGCGUUGGCAUUUGGGUAGAAAGACAGGAGAAGUAUUGCGAAUGAUAGACCGCGGCAAUACCAGUACUAAUAUUUUGUUAAGUUAUUUGCUCUUCAAUAUCUUUCCUGUUAUCAUUGACAUCAUCAUUGCCAUAAUUUAUUUCAUUCUCGCAUUCAAUGGAUAUUUUGGACUAAUUGUUUUUAUAACCAUGGGUCUCUACAUAGUAAUGACAAUUGUUAUCACUGAAUGGCGUACCAAAUACAGACGUGAAAUGAAUGCCAAGGACAACAAAACAAAAGCAAAAGCAGUUGAUUCAUUGUUGAAUUUUGAAACGGUAAAAUAUUAUAAUGCUGAGGAUUAUGAAGUUGGACGAUAUAAUGAAGCAAUUGAAGAUUACCAAGAUAGCGAGUGGCAAUCGAUGGCCAGCCUUAAUCUUAUUAACGUGGUGCAAAAUUUCAUCGUGACAAUUGGUCUGUUAGCUGGGACAAUUUAUUGUGGCCAUUUAGUCAUUAAUGGAACACUUAAGGUCGGCGAUUUUGUGUUAUUCAUAACGUAUAUCGUUCAAUUGUAUCAGCCACUUAACUAUUUUGGAACUUAUUACAGAUUUAUUCAGCAGUCUUUUAUUGACAUGGAAAAUAUUUUUGAUCUGAUGAAAGAAAAACAGGAGGUUCAAGAUGUUCCAGAUGCUCCACCGCUUAUAGUUGAUGGUGGUAUGAUAAAGUUCAACGAUGUUCAUUUUUCAUACGAAGAUGGAAAAGAAAUCUUAAAAGGAAUAUCUUUUCUUGUUAAACCUGGUGAAACGCUGGCAUUGGUCGGUCCUUCAGGAAGUGGCAAGAGCACCGUUAUUCGUUUACUGUUUCGAUUUUACGAUAUUGACUCAGGGCUAAUUAGCAUCGACGAUCAAGACAUCAGUAAGGUUUCUCAGAAGUCUUUGCGUAAGCACAUUGGAGUUGUCCCACAAGAUACUGUGCUAUUCAAUGACAAUAUCCGAUAUAACAUCCGAUAUGGUAGAGUGGAGGCCUCCGACCAGGAGGUGGAAGAUGCCGCGAAUGCUGCUGAUAUCCAUGUGCGCAUUCUUUCCUUCACGCAACAAUAUGAGACGUUGGUUGGUGAGCGAGGUCUCAAAAUAAGUGGAGGAGAAAAGCAACGUGUUGCUAUCGCAAGAACUAUACUGAAGAACCCGCCAUUAGUUCUUCUCGACGAGGCCACAUCUGCACUAGACACCCAAACUGAAAGGAACAUACAAGCGUCUUUAAGCAGUAUGACCUCAAACAGGACGACAAUAGUUGUUGCGCACAGGCUUUCCACGAUUGUAAAUGCUGACCAGAUUCUAGUUCUUAAGGAUGGUGAGAUUGUGGAAAGAGGGCGACAUCAAGAGCUUUUGGAUCGACAAGGAGUAUAUGCAAAUAUGUGGCAACAGCAGCUAACGGCAGAGCAAAGCGAAAGGGAGGAUAAUCAACAAUAAUCAAAUCAAUUUUAUUUUCAACAAAUUAAUUCUGUAUUAUAAUUCCAUUCGUUUCAUAUUUCAAAAUUUGACAUUAUCGAACUCUAUUCUUUAGUAAACAUGAAACUAAAUUGUAAGCUUGAAAAAUGUUUUUCUUUCAAAAUUCAAAAGAUAGUCAGUUAGCAAACUUAUUUUUGUUUUGUAUAUUUUCAUGCGGUUUUUAGUUUUGUUUAUUUUGUAGCCGAACUUUUUAGGUCCUCGCUUCCACAACUUGUUCAAGAAUUAUUCACCUCAGGCUCGGUGAAUAUAGCUGAAUAAAAACCUCGACGAAUUGUUAUAUUAUAAUUACAAAGGUGAUUUUUUUGACGAAAUGAAUCUGUUUUAAAGAAUACAUGUUUUACAAACGUAAACAAACAUCUCGAGCAAAAUUAAGUUGAAAAUCGUUCUACAAAGUAGUUUUUUCGCCUUGAACAUAAUUUUAGGCCUAAUUUUUUAACAACUUUUUUGCUUCACUUCGACAACAAAAACUCGCUGCCAUUUUGAAAAAUCCGCUUAAUUAAGCGUAAUAGUCCGUAUUACUAUAUAGGUGCUGUGUAUUUUAAAUGUGAUUGGUUCAU